CUUUCUCAUUGGCCCAACUUAGCACCACAUUCAAGAUAAAUAUUGCCUCUCUCUCUCUCUCCUCAUUCAUUAGAUCUUCCUUUCUUUCACUGCUUUCAAAAGCAAAUCUGAAGAUGCACUUGCACACCCCUUUAUUUAUCUCUAUCUGCACAACCCUCUCUAUCUUUCACUGGAUCUCUCUCUCUCUGCUGCUUCUACACAACACCAUUCACACCCUUUUCUCGAACUGUGUGCAAGCAAAAACGGUUCCCCCACUCACCUCGUUGCUUCUCCCACAAGAUCUUAUCCCACCCCAGCUUGGUUCCUAAGCUGAAAAAAAAAACACUAACACACACACACACAAACCCAAAAGAGAAAAACAGAAUUUUUCUUCCCUUGGAUAAAAAGCGACCAGUCUUUUCAUCAAUGAUUCCCCAGACUCAACUUUAAAACUUUACCCUUUUCUUUUAAUCUUUUUACCGUGACAUAUUGUUAUAUAAUUGUUUGUGUGCAACCAUGGAUUCCCAUACCCAUCAUCAUCACCAGGGUCACCAACAGAACCAAUCCUCUUCUUCUGGGUUGCUUCGUUUUCGCUCUGCACCCAGUUCGCUGCUUUCGAAUCUCACACCCUCUUUUUACGGUGGUGGUUCUAGCAGCUUGGAAGGAAACAACAGCAGCAACAACAACGACAAGGAUUUGAGUUCGAUGAAUUCGCAUAAAGGGUAUGGUGUGGGGUUGCCACCUCACUAUCCGAGGCAUGGUUCUUCUGCUGGUGCUGCUACUUCGAGUUCUGCUAUGGAGGGGUCUUAUAAUGGGUUAAUGGGGAUGGAUCAUGAAGUGCCACACAAGGGCUUUGGAUCAACUCUUCUAAGGCAGAGUAGCUCACCUGCUGGCAUUUUCUCCAAUAACAACAUUUCCUUUCAAAAUGGGUUUGCCACCAUGAAAGGUGUUGGUAACUAUGGUGGGGUGAAUGGCAGUAAUGGUGAACUUAGUCCAUGCAUUAACAGAUUGAAGAAUCAGAUUAGCUUUUCACCAAGAAAUGCCACUUCCCUUGGAAUUUUGUCACAGAUCUCAGAAAUAGAGAGUGAAGACAUUGAUGCAACAAGCCCUGAUGAUGAUAGGAGGCAUGGAGGUAGUGAUACUCAACAUUAUGGCCCUGGAUUCCCCUAUGGUUCUUGGAAUGGCACUCCACAACUCUCAGAAAAUCCCAGUGGCUUGAAAAGAGGGAGAAGUGGCAAUGAAAAGUUAUUUUCUGAUGUUCAGAAUGGAGAGCUAGGAAACCAAGUUAGUAUGUUAUCACAUCACUUGAGUUUGCCAAAAACUUCAGCAGAGAUGAUUACUAUGGAGAAGUUGCUUCAGUUCCCUAAUUCUGUUCCAUGUAAAAUCAGAGCAAAGAGAGGUUGUUCUACUCAUCCACGAAGUAUUGCUGAAAGGAUGAGAAGAACAUAGAUCAGUGAAAGAAUGAGAAAAUUACAAGAGCUUGUCCCAAACAUGGACAAGCAAACCAACACAGCAGACAUGUUGGACUUGGCUGUUGAAUACAUUAAAGAUCUUCAGAAACAAUUCAAGAAUCUAAGUGAAAAACGGGCAAACUGCACGUGUAUAGGUGUGCAAAAGGAAGAUACAAAUCAAAUUUCUUGACCACCUUUCUUUGCGAGCAAUACAUAAAGUAUGCAAAGAUGGCUUGGAACGGGUGCUUUUAACUUAGUGCUGAGCAACAAGUAGAAGGAAAGAUGCUAAUAUAGGAAGCUAUUGCCAGAAAUAGGAGGUUGAGAAAUAGAGUAGAAUUAAGAUGAAACAUGUCUUUUUUGAUCCAUAGAAAUAGGAGAGAAAGAAGAGAGAGUUCUCUUUACUUAUUUGGAUGAGUGGUAAAGAAAGUGGAAAAAAUAAGUAGAUUAUGUAAACAAACUUUUUUAUAAUAAUAAUAAUAAUAAUAAAUUUAAAUAU